AUGGUUGCAGUGGUCCCAACAAGUGCAAAGCCUCCCGUAUCGGUAUCGUAUCCCUGCUCUCGCUUCUGUCGCUCUCUUCGGAAGAUCUGGCGUUGGAGACAAGCUUUCGUCGGUCGUCUCCCUGGCCACUACACAAUCGGGAAGUUGGACGCAUUGCAGCGCUUCCAGCUCCAAACUUCUCGUUGGAAAGUGGCUUCAAUCCUUAUCCUGUCACCAAUCCCGUGUUUAAUGACGAACCUGGUGAUCGAAGCGAUUCCACUCGCAGACCCAAAGGAGGGGCUUCGACGCUCGUUCGCCUUUCAAGUGCGCCAGUUCCUCACUACCAGCAUCCAGAAUUCGAUCUCUGGACUGGUAAAGAAGGACUGCGUACCGGAGUUUCUCCCUGGAUCCUCGGCGUCGUUGAUGGGUUUUGGCUUAAUCCAAGGCAUCGUCAGCAUAAGCACGAACAUCGUGAUCUCGGCAUCUUCAAGUCUUUAUCCUGUCCCUUUCUCGCUAUUCACACCUGUGAUUCCCAUGGCGAUCGUAGGGUCGAUGAUCUGCUACCACCGU